AUGACCGUCGCUGAUGAGAAGUUUCCUUCUUCUGGCCUGUUUGAUGCCAUCAAUGGAGCCAUUGGGGACAGCGAAAACAAGGAAGAUCUCGCGAAAGCCAUCAAGCAAGCCAACGCCAUUUUUGGCUUCGUUCUGAAGAACAAGGAGGGGCAGACGCAGAGCUGGCACGUUGACUUGAAGGAGACCGGUCGGGUUGGCAAGGGUCUUGACGGCGUGAAACCCAAUGUUACGCUCCACCUCUCCGACGAGGACUUUGGUAACCUUGUGCUGGGCCAGGCCAAUCCUCAGCGACUGUUUAUGUCUGGCAAGUUGAAGCUCAAGGGAGACAUUAUGAAGGCCCUCAAGUUGCAGCCAGUACUGCAAACUGUCCAGACCAAGGCAAAGCUGUAA